AUGGGUAAUCAUCAUUCAGUGAAACGUGAAUGCUUACACGAAGCGAUACGUCGAAAAGAUGUUAAAAAAAUAAAACAAAUUGUAUACAAUAGUGAUAUAGAUUUUAUUAAAAAUGAUUUUAAAUCUCUUGAACUUGCCACAUUAUAUAAUCUUACUGAAGUAGUUGAAUUACUACUUAGUCGUGGUUGUGUACCAAGAGAUAAACGAACAGCACGAGCAUUUGAUCUUGCUGUUUGGAAAUGUCAUAAAGAUAUCGCAACAAUGUUUUUAAAAGCUGGUAUUGAAUACAAAGGAAGAAAUCAAUUCAAUGAAACUAUAUUAUUUGUGUCAGCAUGUGGAAAUAAUUCAACAUUAACUGAAAUUCUUAUUGAAGGCGGUUGUGAUUUAAACGAAUGUACACGUAGUUGGACUGCUUUGCAUGUUGCUGCCGCCAGAAAUCACGAUGAAGUAUUACGAGUACUUGUUAAACAUGGAUGCGACUUAAAUAUACGUGAUCGUGAUGGUUUCAAUGCGUUGAUGCUAGCAAUUUUGAAUGAAAAUUUAAAAAAUAUAAAACUUCUUGUUCAAUGUGGCUGUUCAAUAAAUAUUGAAGAACUCUAUUCAACGCCAUGUGUUGCUAAACAAUUAGCAAAAUAUCCUGAAAUUGAACGCAUACUUUGGAAUGAACGUACACGUGCAAAAAAUUUAAAAGAAUUAUGUCGCCUUCGCAUACGUUCAGCUUUAGGACAACGAUUAUGGAAAAAAACAUCAUUAUUACCAUUGCCAAUAAGAAUAAAAGAUUUUGUUGCAUUAAAAGAAUUAUUUGUUUCAUGUGAAGAACAACAACAAGUAACCCUGACACGACUGCCACGUACAAAUAUUCAAGCAAUUCAAUCCUAA